CAUUCGAAAGAUCCGUCCAUCCAAGAUUUUUCUUCUCUGUCCCUCUCUCGCGCGCGCGCUCUCCUCACAACACACACAAGACAGUCUCGAUCUCUUCUCCUCCUAGCCACCAACAUAUAAAGCAAGCUCUCACACACACACAGAACCCACAAGCUCAAACCAAAACUCAGCGGAACGACAGUCUGCAAUCGCAGCAGCUGAUCUGCUUCUAAGCAUAUCAGUUAUUGGAUGGCCUUCUUCUUCAUCCUUGCUUGCACCCUCAUUUUUCUAGCCAUCGCCUACUACUUCCAGUACGCACGCUGGCAGAAGGGGAGAGGCCGCUCCGGCGGCGGCCAUGAGAAGCAGGCUUCUUCUUCCUUGAAGUCGCUGCCUCCUGGCUCCAUGGGCUGGCCUUACCUCGGCGAGACCCUCCAGCUCUACUCCCAGGACCCCAACAUCUUCUUCGCCUCCAAACAGAAGAGGUACGGCGAGAUCUUCAAGACGCACCUCCUGGGUUACCCCUGCGUGAUGCUGGCGAGCCCGGAGGCGGCGCGGUUCGUCCUGGUGACGCAGGCGCACCUGUUCAAGCCGACCUACCCUCGGAGCAAGGAGCGCAUGAUCGGGCCGUCGGCGCUCUUCUUCCACCAGGGCGACUACCACCUCCGCAUCCGCAAGCUCGUCCAGGGCGCGCUCGGCCCCGACGCGCUCCGCGCGCUCGUCCCUGAGGUCGAGGCCGCCGUGCGCUCCACUCUCGCUUCCUGGGACGGCCAUGUCAGGAGCACGUUCCACGCCAUGAAGACGCUGUCGUUUGAUGUGGGCAUCGUGAUGAUCUUCGGCGGCGGCCGGCUGGACGAGCGGCGCAAGGCGGAGCUAAGGAAGAACUACUCCAUCGUGGAGAAGGGGUACAACUCCUUCCCCAACAGCCUACCGGGGACGCUCUAUUACAAGGCGAUGCAGGCGCGGCGGCGGCUGCAGGGCGUGCUGAGCGACAUCAUGCGCGAGCGGCGGGAGCGCGGCGAGCCGGGCACCGACCUGCUGGGCUGCCUGAUGCAGUCCCAGGGCGACGACGGCGCGCCGCUCCUGAGCGACGAGCAGGUCGCGGACAACAUCAUCGGCGUGCUGUUCGCGGCGCAGGACACGACGGCCAGCGUGCUCACCUGGAUCGUCAAGUACCUCCACGACCACCCCAAGCUCCUGGAGGCCGUCCGGGCGGAGCAGGCGGCCGUCCGCGAGGCCACCGACGGCGGUAGGCUGCCGCUGACGUGGGCGCACACGAGGAGCAUGGCGCUGACGCAUAGGGUGAUUUUGGAGAGCUUAAGGAUGGCGAGCAUCAUCUCCUUCACAUUCAGGGAGGCCGUGGCCGACGUGGAGUACAAAGGGUUCCUUAUCCCCAAGGGGUGGAAGGUGAUGCCGCUCUUCAGGAGCAUCCAUCACAGCCCGGACUACUUCCAGGAUCCACACAAGUUCGACCCUUCUAGAUUCCAGGUGGCGCCGCGGCCGAACACGUUCCUGCCAUUUGGGAACGGCGUGCACGCGUGCCCCGGGAACGAGCUGGCCAAGCUCGAGAUGCUGGUCCUCAUCCACCACCUGGUCACCGCCUACAGGUGCGUUCAUCUCCUCGCAGCUUCUCCCUAUAUUUCCGCUUGUACAUACCCUUGUGCACCAGGACGACACAUAUGGCUGGUGCCACUCGAUCCAUCGCCCACUGCACCUCUCCUCCUAUAUGAGCAUCAUCGUCAUCAGCACGUGGGAGAUAUAUACUGGUGGGAGAUUGUUGGAUCCAGUGAUGAGGUCGAGUACAGCCCAUUCCCUGUGCCCAAGCAUGGCUUGCCUGUCAAACUAUGGAGGGAGAACAGUACGGUGGACAGAAAGGGGCGUCAGACCGAUGACGAUGAUGUGGAGGAUAUAAUAGUUUGACUUAGGCAUUAAUUUAACCAAGCUAGCUAGAGAUGUUUUUUCUUUAUUUCUUGUUUUUUUUUCUUUGCUCGCCCUUCUCCUCAAUCAAAAAUAUUUUGAAGGAGAAGAAACGGCAGCGUUCUCUUUUCGUUUUCUUUGGCUUUCCCCGAUAAUGAUGAGAAUGUAAUUAAGCUGUCUGGACAUCAGUGGUCCAGUAUCGUCGUUGCUAUAUAUAGUAUUCAUCACCCGAAACAGGGGGAGCGGUAUUGCCCCCCUUUUGAUCUA